AUGGUUCUAUCCUCAGGUGGAACGUCAGGCUGUCUCCUCGCCCACCGACUCUCCCAUUCGCUACGCAAACCCUCUGUUCUCCUUCUUGAAGCAGGCACCACCCCCUCUGGUGACUACCUCCGUGCGCCCUACCACCGUUACUACGCCCAAGCUCUCCGUCCAGAUCUUGACCACGGCUACGUCUCCGAACCUGAGCCUGCUUUGAACAGCAGAAACAUACCGUAUACAAGAGGCAAAGGUUUGGGCGGGAGUUCCAUCUUGAACUUUGCCGUUUAUCUGUACGGCAGUGGCGAAGAUUACAAUCGCUGGAGCGAUCUAGUAGGCGAUGAGAGCUGGAAAUGGGAGUCGGUCAAGAAAUCUUUCCAAGCUAUCGAGAACUACGACUUUUCGGGUUCAGAAGACUACAAACAUCUUGCUGAUCCUAGCACUAAUUCCCAUGGUACGAAGGGGCAGUUAAAGGUUGGUCUCCCGCCUGUGCUCGAACAAGGCGUGGUGCCGCAGAUGGAGGCACUGGCUGCUAUGGGAGAAAAGAUCAACCUUGAUCUCAAUUCGGGCGACCCGAUAGGAAUUGCAGUCUUCCCGCAUAGCUAUAGUAAGGAGGGGAGGAGUACUAGUGCGAUUGCGCAUUUGGUGGACCCGCCGAGCAAUCUUGAGGUGUGGACAGAUGCGAAAGCGGAAAAAUUCGUAUGGGAGGGGAAGAAGGUCGUUGGCGUUGUCACGGAAGACGGACGAGAAGGUACAGCCUUGGACUAA